AUGCGCGCUCACUAUCUCGUCGCUGGCUUGAUCGGCCUCGCUGGUCUUGCCUUCGCCGCUCCUACUCCCGAGUCCACUGCCGUCUCCCUCAUCCCGACCUCCCAACCCGCCGACGUCACCGACCUCGAGUAUGUUGCUCCCGAAUGCAAUAUGGGACAACAGCCAGACAUGUGGCUCGCGGCUAUCUGCGGCAACCACACCAACACGAGCACCAGGCCUAAGACCUGGCUCGGCGUCUGCGGACUACUUACCGCCGGCGUCGCGCAUGAAGUCACAAUUACGGUUCAAGACCCUGGUCUCAUGUGCAGAUUCUACGACGACAGCGACUACUGCAACAGCGACUACGUCGUCGCUACCCUUACCCACCAUUUCCGGAUCCCGUCGGCAAUUGGCAAGCAGAUCAAGUAUGUCAGGUGUGAUAAGGCGCCACCGCGUGAGGAUUCUGGUGAGAUCGAGGGUAGAGCUGAUGAUGCUCUUCUGGACGAUGCUCCUUUUGUUCUUGGAGCGGAAGAUAUCAAGUACGCCGAGGACGAUAGCGCUCUCCCCAUCCACGACGCCCACGACGCGAUCCCCACCAAACCCGAAGACACUUCAUCUUGGUACCCAUCCCCCUGUAUGAACCCCGGGUCGGACAAGUACUUCUUGAUCGUCUGCGGCGGUGGCAACGCCAACUGGAUUCCCAACAAUUGGAUGAACGCGUGUGUGCGGCUGUCCGAUACCGUUGGGCACCACGUCGGCACUGUUAUUCAGAACGCGCACAUCAUGUGCAAGUAUUAUGACGACAGUAACGAGUGCAAUAGCGACUUCAAAGCGUACUCUUCCAAUACUUCAAGAGACAUCGAGAUCUUUUCGUAUCCACCCCAGGUCGGAAACCGGCUCAAGUAUGUCAUGUGCAAGCAGGGUCAGUGGCGCAGGGGUGUUGCAUCUUCCUCCGCCUGUAUGAACCCCGAUGCGAGCCACUACUUCCUGUCCAUCUGCGGCGGUGGCAACGCCAACAACAUCCCUAACAAUUGGAUGAACGCGUGUGUGUCGCUGACCGAUAACGUUGGGUACCACGUCGAAACUGUGACUCAGAAUGCGCGCAUUCAGUGCAAGUACUACGACGACAGCAACGAGUGCAAUGGCAACAUCGAAGGGACCUCCAUUACGUACGAGAAAGAGGAGAGCUUUACGAUUCCACCCGAUGCUGGAAACCGGAUCAAGUAUGUUAUGUGCAAGAUUGGUCAGUGGCGCAGGGACGUUGGUGGGAUUGAAGCUCGAGAGGUCGAUGUUCCUUCCUCUUCGGAAAUCAUGGUCGCUACAGACACCAACUUCUCACCAGACUGGGCCUGCAUGAACCCGUCCCCGGACAACCAAUACUUGGUUGUCUGCAGCCAUGGCGUUGGCCAACUCAUGCUCAACAAGCUCUUGGGUAACUGUCUGAAGCUCAACAGCGAUAUCGCGUAUAACGUCGAUUCUUUCAUUCAAGAUCCAGGUCUGAGGUGUAGGUUCUACAACGACCGCCACUCAGACUGCAAAGGCGAACCCAUUUACACCGCUCAAACUCUGGAUAAGCAACGCCUCUUCAAGAUCGAUGCGAAGUACGGGACUAGGUUCAAAUAUGUUUGGUGUCACAAGGGCGACCACCAGCUGGGCGAUGUUCCUGCGCUCGAAGCUCGAGUAGCGGAUACGUCUCUCGAGGCGCCAUCUUUCGCGGUCGAGGAACCGUCCGGGCUCAUCGCGCGACUCAUCAGCGAUACCGGCUACGCCUUUGAGUAUCAAGAGAACUUCGCUGGGCUCUGCAUCAAACUCCCGGACACGGUAUCUCGUCAUUUGACGCACGCAGCCUUGGUCGAUCAUACCCUCUGCAGGUUCUACGAGAGCGGCUGCUUUACUGUUAUUAAGCCUCUCUUCACUGCAAAGAGCGAGGCCCCCUAUACCAAAGUUCCUGUGCCAUCGGAUGUCAGCAAGAAAAUCACCCACGCUGUCUGCGGGCCUUCGACUGCCCCACACAAUGAGAUCGAUGCGCGAGCGGAUGUUGUAUCUCUCGAAGCGAGCCCGGCGGCCGCUUCCGAAACAACGACGUUGUGGGAGUACAUAGCGAGGAUCUUCAGCCACACAAGCGACUUUGCUAUCAUGAACGACCGCGACAGAUCCUGCCUCAAGUUCAGCGACCCUUUCUCUCGUGAUGUUAUCAAGGUAAACAUCGGGGCUAAAACUCUCUGCGUGUUCUACGACAACGAUUGCAGUCUAGCUAAGUACCCCGUCUUCACCGUUUCGACCACCUGGGAGCCAUUUGUCAGUCGCGACGUGCCAUCGGAGAUUGGCAAACAAAUUACCCACGUCAUCUGUGGGAAGAAAACCCAUGCUGCGAUCGAGACACGAGCGGAUGCUACAACGGCAUCUUCGGACCUCCUUGCGAGAAUCUUCAGCAGCAUAAGCUACACGGAUCUCCACACGCAAGGCGACGACCGAGUCUGCGCUGGGUUAGGAGACUAUAUUUCCCGUGAUGUUACCAAGGUAACUGUUGGAGCUCACACUCUCUGCAUUUUCUACGACAACGAUUGCACCCUAGCCAAAUACCCCGUCUUCACCAUUUCGACCGACAAGGAGCAGUCCACCACUCGAGACAUGCCAGCGGAUGCUAGAUGGAAGAUCACCCACGUCCUUUGCGGGAAGAAAGACGGUUGGGCCAACGUCGAAGCGCGAGCGGAUGCUACAACGGCAUAUUCGGGAACCCUUGCGAGAAUCUUCAGCAGCACGAGCCGUAUGGCUAUCCUCAGGGAAAACGGCCGAGCCUGCGUUAUGUUAAGAGAUCGUGUUUCCAACAGUGUUACUAGUGCGACUCUUGGAGCUCAUACUCUCUGCGUAUUCUACGACAACGAAUGCACAGCCAAAUACCCCGUCUUCACUAUUUCGAGCGACAAGGAACAGUUCACCACUCGAGACGUGCCAGCGGACCUUGGCAAGAGGAUUACCCACGUCCUUUGCGGGAAGAAAGACGGUUGGGCCAACGUCAAAGCGCGAGCGGAUGAUACAUCCCUCCAAACCACAGCCCAGAAGACGAAGAUGGCCCGAGUCUUCGGCGAUACAGCCGACUUGUAUAUCUAUGACGACAACGAUGCGGAUUGCGUUGCGCUCAGCAAGCAUGUGGCUAAUGACGUUGUCGGAGUACAGCUAGAAGCCGGCAUUCUCUGCGUGUUUUACACCAAUGCCUGCAAUAUAGCCAAGUUCCCGAUUUUCCGCGCUUCGAAUGUUGGGCCCGGUACCUUGCAUGUGGAUAUCCCGGGGUAUACUGGUCGCGACAUCUCACACGUCGCUUGCGGAAAGAAGCACACUCUUGAUGCUGAAAUCGAUGCGUGGGCGGCUACUACACCUAUCAUCGAUGCGCGAGCGGAUACAUCACCGAUUGUCGACAGCACGGCUCUGAUGACUUUACAAAAUGACGGUCCCUCCAUCGCCUACGUAUUCAGCAGUACUGCCAUGUUUGGUAUCUACGAUACAGACGCCAACAGCUGCAUCCCACUUGGCGACUCCAUUGCGCAUGAUCUCAUCGCCGUGGCUGUACACGAGAACGUCCUCUGCAGGUUCUGGGCGAACAGCUGCGAUAUGUCCAAGGGCCCUCUGUACCAGGUUCACUCGAACAAGGGCGACGCCGUUCCCAAAGUGCCGUCAGAUAUUGGCAAGCAGCUUACUAAUUUCAUGUGUAUGCGUACCAAGCCUCAGGCUACGAUCAUUGCGCGAGAAGCACUAGACACUUCGAUGGCCGACCCUGGAGCCAUGGCCUUUCUAUUCAGCACCGCCUCCCAGCUUGGUAUCUACGAUGAAGACGCCAAGAGGUGCGUUACGCUUGGCGACUCUGUUGCGCAUGAUCUGGUCGCUGUGGCUGUACCCCGCAAUGUUUCCUGCUCGUUCUACAAGGACGGCUGUGAUGUUUCUAAGGGUCCUACCUUCCUUGUUGCGUCGGGCCAGGGGCGUGGGAAUGUCCAUUACGUACCCUCGGAGAUUGGCAAGAGCCUUACUCAUGUCAUUUGUAUGCGUACUCAGCCUCCCGCUGAGAUCAUUGCGCGAGAGGAAGGUUCACGGUCCAAUGUAGCUCUCAUCACUUCCGCGACCUCUGCAGCCAACACACCGGAUCUAGCUACCGACUUAACCAAUACCCAGAUCCAAUACCCCAGGGACGGAUAUAGCCCCGUGGACCUCCCAGUCGGCGAUCUAUUCACCUGCUCUUAUGAGCAAACCGAUAGCUGCCGGAUCAUGGAUGCACUCAACGAUUGCUUAGAAUUCCCUACGAACACCGCCCACAACGUCAUGAUCCUCGAGCAGGCCAAGGCGACGUAUUGUUGGUACUACAACAAGCCUGGGUGCAAGGAUAGUGAUGAGGUUUUCCAUCACACAUCGGCGCCAGGAAAUCCGACUGCAUUUAUUGGGACCUUCUUCAAGGAUCUCGCGAGUGUGGUGUGCGGAGGUCCCGGUGUGACAUCUGAGCUGGAAGUCAUUCCCCACGACCAUGCUAUCGAAAAGGUCACCGCCGUGGACAGGCCCAUCUACGCCGACGAUAUCACCAAGCGCGACUCUCCCUCCACGCAACCAACACCUGCAUGGACACUUCCUAGAGCCAUCCGAGUAGGCGAAGUUUUCGCCUGCUCCGAAGACCCGGCCUCCGGCUGCUGGUUCAUCAACGCCCCGAACAAGUGCAUGGAUUUCCCGCCCCAGGUCGCCCACAAGUCCAACUUCAUCAUGCAAGGCAAGGGUACAUGGUGCAUGUAUUACCUUGAGCCCGGCUGCUGGGACGGCGACGAAGCUUGGCAGCACGUAUCGCCUCCCACGGAACACACUACCUUUGGAGUGAAGACCAAUGUGGUCGCGAGCGUGGAGUGCCGGGCUGCUGGCGCGACUGAGAAUGAGAUCACUAAGCGCGACUGGCCCCCAGGCUCAACAACAGUCUGCCACCAAGCGCACUACCAGUUCUGCACCGACAACGCCAUCAACGCUAUUCAGCAAUGCGCCAACUUUGCUCCUGCGGAUCAGGGCCCACUCUCGAUUAUCCAGUAUGGCGGCGCGUACUGUAAGUGGUACCGCGACUUUGGCUGUGGAGGUGGAGAGGACAAGUCGCCCAUGAGCAUUGAUUCUAGGGGUGGAGAGCAGUGGGUUGAUGACUUGAGCGUGGAGAACAGGUUCAAGAGCGUCAAAUCUGAUCUCGAUGCUUUCUUCGCGUUUCAGAACAGCCAGUUCGCCACAGACCACGCCCUAGACGAUGGCAGCUUCGCCGGCUUGUCGGAAGCCCUGGGGGCCUCGAACGCAGCACCGAAUCAGUACAAUGAGACCUGGAUGAUGGAUCCGUCACUUCUGGAUCUUUCGAAUAAUUCCACCGCUUCGUCGUCGCCCUUCACGCCAAGCGCAUCGAUAUCCAGACCUAAGCUUGGCAGUCGCUUCUCCAGAGAAGUCAUCCGUACGCUCAAAGACUGGCUUACUGUUCAUCAAAAGCACCCGUAUCCUAGUGAGGGCGAGAUGAUGGCACUUCAAGAUCGUACAGGAUUGAACAAAGCGCAACUGACAAAUUGGUUUGCGAAUGCCCGUCGGCGUGGCAAGGUGCAAAGUGUGCGCCCAACUUCGCCGCAAGUCAAGAACCCGCCUUCUUCUCCGGUUGAUAUCAUCCCAAGGCCUGGUACGCCUGCUGUCAGGAUGGCGUCGAAUCACAAGGACCCUAUGCAGCGUUGGGUGGAAUCGCCACCAGAGCAUGAACCUGCUGCUGUUGGCGACAUUGCGCGUGCGAUGGCUUCGACGUCGCAUGAAGAUGCUGGGGACUUCGCGUAUCAUCAACCCUGGCAAUCACCUUACGCCAUGUCCUCGGCAAGCAGUGCAAGAACGUCGCAAUCGAGUGAAUUCUCGGGUCAUUGCUCAUCAGGGUCGCAAACAUCUCUCAAAGUACGCCGCGCACCGCGCAAGAAGCGGGCCACUCGACGCCGGCGUCUUGAUACGGAGAGGACCGCACCCAUCGGUAUGCCGUAUCAAUGCACUUUCUGCACUGAGGUCUUCAAGACUAAGUACGAUUGGCAGCGUCACGAGAAGUCGCUUCAUCUACCGCUGGAGAGAUGGAUCUGCGCACUUCAAGGCUCUCGCACUACGAAGGAGUCCAUCGGAGAGCAAUGCUGCGUCUUCUGCGGCGAGGUGCGACCAGAUGACAAGCAUAUCGAAGCGCACCACUACUCUGCAUGUCAAGAGAGAAGCUUGCAAGAACGCACCUUCCACCGGAAAGAUCAUCUCGUCCAGCAUCUGCGCUUAGUGCAUGGUGUCGAAUUCUCGGAGUGGUCGAUGGCGCGCUGGAUGCUGCCUAUACCCGAUGUCAGAUCAAGAUGCGGAUUUUGCGGUACUACCAUGAGCACCUGGCUGGAGAGAACUGAUCAUCUUGCCGAUCAUUUUAAGUCUGGUGUUACGAUGGCUAGUUGGCAAGGUGAUUGGGGUUUUGAUGCAUCUGUCUUACCGUUAGUCGAGACUGCUAUUCCUCCUGAUCUAAUCGACUGGGAAAGAGGCACUCUCAUUCCCAUGAAAGGUAGCGACCCAUCCUGGGGUACUCCACCAAACGCAUACGAACUGCUCAAAGUGGAAAUCGAGUUCUUCAUCCAACGGUAUUUCGACAAGCACGGGUACUUGCCGGAUAACGACGCGAUGCAGCUAGAAGCAUGUCGCAUCAUUUUCGCAGCCGAAACCACUUCCGUCAUGCACGGACCAGAUACAAACUAUAUCCACGAGGUUUCGUGGCUACGAGACCUGAUGAUGUCAUCACAUGAGCUGACUGAACACGCAAGGUUUCAGCCAGUUCGAUCAUCCCGCGAGAGCAGACAUUUCCCGCUACGCAUCAAUGCCAAGGAUCAUCUCUUCGAGCAAUGUCCGCUAGAGGCGCAGCUUCGUGGUUUUGUGACCCAGCGCGUGGCGACGGGUGAAGCACUGGACGAUGCGCAACUGCAUCACGAAGCAUGUCAGAUCGUUCGGCGCAUGGAGCAGGAGUCCAGUACGCCGUCUGAUGUCUUCGCAAAUUGGAUUGUCAAAGGGAUCUACUCGGGCACGAAUUGGAUAUCGCUCUUCAAGCAACGCGCAGGUAUCUCUGAUGUCGUAUGCACCAACAUACCGGCAGAUCAUGGCUUGGGCGAAUUACUAGACCUCUCCUGGCCAGCCUCGCCUCCCAAAGAAGCAUCCACUUCCGCUCUCGGGACCGCAAGUCCAUCCAAGCAAACCCACGACUACUUCACUACGCUUCCCACUUUCUCCGAAGAGCCCAUACUCUCGCCUGAGUCUACCGCGCAAACGGACAUGUACGGCCGGUUGCGAUCGCUGCUACCGGACGACACCAACUUUUACCGAAUCUUUGACAGCGACAUGCGGAGAUGGGCGGCGUCGACGCUUUCACCGAAGAAUCCAAAUUGCCAUGUUCCAUCCGAUGAAGAGAUCCAGCAUCAAGCGCGAUGGAUAAUGUAUGAUGGUGAUGAUCCGUGGAACCAGACACCUGCGGAUUUCCCGAAAUGGCUGUCACGGUUCAAGAGGGAGGUUGGGAUUGUGGCGAAUGACGAGGGAGUGAAUCCUGGUGAUUUGGUGAUGUGA